AUGAAUUCGUCAUUAAACUGGGCUGCAGAGAAUGGCUACACGGAUAUUGUUAAGAUUUUGAUAAGGCAUGGAGUUAAUGUAAAUGCUACCGAUAAAGAUAAACAUACAGCAUUAAACCGAGCUGCAGAGAAGGGUCACAUAGAGAUUAUUAAGGCAUUGAUAGAACGUAAUGCUAUUGUAAGUCAUAUUGCAUUAUACUUAGCUGCCAUAGAAGGUCACACAGAGGCUGUUAAGAUUCUGAUUAAACAUGAAGCUGAUGUUAACUCGAUUAUUAAGAAGCGUACUAUAUUACAUCAUGCUGCAAAAAACAAUCAUAUAGAAGUCGUUAAGACUUUGUUAGUACAUGGUGCUGAAAUCAGAGCCGUUGAUGAACAUGGUUUUACAAUAUUUGAUAAAAAUAAAAAUUUGAUAAAUUACGGAUUGCAUCUUGCUGCACAAAAGGGGUACACAGACGUCAUUGAAACUUUUUUUAAAAAAUAUCGAAUUAACAAUAUUAAUGCUGUCGAUGCAAAUGGCAAAACAGCAUUACAUUUAGCUGCGAAAAAUGGUCACACAGAUAUUGUCAAGAAAUUAAUAAAUAAGAAAGCGGAAGUUGAUAUUAUUGAUAAGGAUAAUCAUACACCAUUGUUUUAUGCAGCUGAAAAUGGCAAUGAAAAGAUAAUUGAUAUUUUAAUAACGAACAAUGCAAAAGUUAACCAUACUGAUGAUGAUGGUAUCUCCGUAUUGCACAAGGCUGCUGAGAAUGGUAAACUGGCAGCUGUUGAGGCUUUAUUAAGACAUAAUGCAAAUAUUAAAAUCGGUGAUAAGAAUGGUGAAACAGCUCUACACAAGGCUGCAUUUAAUGGUCAUCGUGAUGUUGUUAAAAUUUUAAUCAAAUAUAAAGCUGAUGAUAAAGCUGAUGAUAAAAAAAAUUGGACAUUAUUACACUUUGCUGCUGCUGCAGGAGAGAUCUUAUAUUAA